AUGCGACACUCAAAAGAUAAUGUCAAUAAUUCUAUAAUAGCAGUUGAUAGCUCAGAAUCUAAUGAACAAAAUGCGACAGUUGAUGUUGAUACUUCAGAAGAUAAAACAAUAGAAAUAUACAACCAAACAUCGGAAGUUAACGUUAAUGCUACAGCAGAUUCAUCAGCCGAAGACGAUAAAACGGUCAACGAAACAACUGCAGCAGAAUUUCGGAAUUCAGAAGAAAAAUCACCCAAAAGUGAUUCACAAGAAGAAAAUAAAAGUACACCAGAAGUUGAGAGAAAAGAAGAAGAAGAAACUGAGACACCGGAAGAAAAAGAAGAAACACCUGAAACAGUCAGCUCAGAAAAAGUCCAAACUACAUCAUCAGAAAAUUACAAGACACAAGAAGACAAAGAAACUACAGAAGUGACCAGCUCAGGAGAUAAUACCAAUACAAUCAAAUGUCCAUGGUGCAAACCACGCAAGAAACCACACCAACAUUCACCUUUAGUGAACAGAGAUCCUCCUUCGUUGAUUAAUCAGUAUUUAUGCUUUGACUGGGACAUAUACCCUGAUCCCAAAGAUUGUUCGAGGUACUACAAAUGCGAGAGAGGAAGGAUGAGGCAUAAGAGAUGUCAUGACUACAUGGAAUUCAGUCAUCGACAUUUGAUAUGCAUGCCCCCCCAAUUAGCGCUAUGUACCACCGAAUACGGAAUAACCACGGGAGAACCAACCUAUGGCAACGCCUGGCCUCACUUCUACGAUAGCCACAGUGUUGGAGCAGCAGUCCCUAUAGUUCAUAAAGUGGAGACUGAUGAAGUGCCUGUCCAGCCAAAAGAAUCGUGGGAAUCUCGUCAUGUGUACUCGUACGUUAAGUAGAAAACCACAGAAGAUGGGCAGAAGAAGAAAGAAAUAG